GUUUCGAAAACGUCCAGCUGCCACCGUUUGUUAACAGCACAGAUCGAAGCGGGCCUGGACAAAAUGGCAAAGCGGUCGUCAUCAAAGACACAACUUUGACGAAAAAGGAGAGAGAUGAAAUGAGAGAAGGCUGGAAGGCUCAUAACUUUAAUGAGUUUGUCAACCGAAAAAUAUCCGUUCGUCGGAGCUUGCCAGAAUGUUCCAACUCAGCGUGUCGCGGGCUAAUCAACGGUACAAAGACAACCCAACAAAUCAGUGUGGUUCUAAUCUUCCACAACGAGGCAUGGUGCACGUUGUUGCGCAGUGUUCACAGUAUCCUAGACCGCACUCCUGAGCACAUCUUGGAGGAGGUAGUUCUCGUGGACGAUAUGUCUUCCCUAGACAGCAACAAGGCGCCUUUGGACAAGUAUUUCCAGGACUACCCUCAAGUGAAAAUCGUUCGCUCGCCUGUCCGCGGCGGUCUCACCAAAGCCCGUCUCUUGGGGUUUGAGUCUUCCAUAGCUCCAAUCGUCGUUUUCUUGGACUCACACAUUGAGUGCAUGCCGGGAUGGGCUGAGCCUUUAGUGAUACGGAUCGAGGAGGAUCCGACAGCCGUGGUAUACCCUUUGAUAGAAACCAUCAGUGACAAGACGUUUGCUGUGACCUGUACGCCACAGCCCACCAACAUUGGGAGACUCAACAUCAUGAACCUGCUUUUCCAGUGGAUGCCAAUACCUCAAAGGGAGAAGGAUAGGAGAAAAUCUGACGCCGAUCCUGUCAGGUCACCCACAAUGCCCGGAGGGCUGUUUGCAAUUAGUAGAGAUUAUUUCAACAAACUUGGAACUUAUGAUCCAGACCUGACCUACUGGGGUGGGGAGAACAUGGAACUGUCUUUCAAGGUGUGGCAGUGUGGCGGGAGUGUGGAGCUGGUGCCCUGCUCUCACAUCGCUCACGUGUUCCGACAUCACAUCACAGCCAGGUGGAACAGCACACGGGAUGAGGUCAAGGUCAACAACAUGCGUGUAGCAGAGGUGUGGAUGGAUGACUACAAAAAUUACUACUAUGAGGCUAUUAACUAUGUUCAGGUACCCUUCGGUGACAUUAGCGCCCGGAAAAAGUUACGAGAAGACCUUUCUUGUAAGAGUUUUGGCUGGUUCAUCAAAAAUUUCUACCCCGAGUUCGCCUUACCGCUGGACGUAGUGAGCGGAGGUCACAUAACCAGCGAGUUUUUCCCCACCCCUAUGUGUGUGGACUCCAAAGGAGGUACGGUCAAGCCCGAGCUGUACCAGUGCCACCCACAAAGUGGAAAUCAGAUAUGGUUUCUCAAUAAAGCUGGCGUCCUUUCUUUUGACAAGCUGUUUGUAUGUGGCAAAGAGGACGGCACAGUGUCAUUAUCGAAGCCAAAUCCAUGUCCUGGAGAGGGGCCACAAUGGGAAUUCACAGAUGACAACAGCCUGUUGCACUUGCCAACCGACCUAUGUCUCACAGUCACACAGGGGAGCAAUGAAAUUACACUUGAAUCUUGUGAGGACGAAACCAAUCAGCACUGGAUAUUCCCGCUUAGAAGAACAGAUAUAGUUUUCCCAGUACCUGACGUAUCGGAUGUCUGAUCAUGAACAGCACAAAAUACCGUUUACAUAAUUAUGCUGUCUAUUUGUAAGCAUCCAAAAUCAAACUGAUGUCUUUGUUGCAAAAGAUAAAUGUACAAAGCAAGACUAUUCUCAAUAAAGUAUGAAGAGGGUACUUUCCCUAAUAUUUUUGCAACAUUAGAAGCCUGUCAUCCAUUAUCUUCUAUUAUUACAUCAUAAACUAUCAUAUUUCUGUUGACAAA